AUGGCGUUUUUCAAAGUGGUGUCAAGUGCUCUUGUUGGAGGCGCUUUAGUUGUAUCAGGAGCUGUCGGAACCCCUCUCGGCGGUCGGGCCUCUGACGCUUGUGCAAAAAUUGCGGGCCAGUCAUUUGUUGCUCCAGUGGAUGCAAGAGCAUGCCUAAACUCGUUCCCUUACAAUUCCACUCUGGCCAAAAACGUGAUGGACGUCGUGGAAGGGGCUAUUAGCUUCUUUACGUUUGAAGAAUGGCAGAAACUAACGCCAUUCCCCUUUACCGAAGCCUCGGUGAACUUGGACUUUGAAUUUGCACGCAUCCGGAAAACCAAAUAUAAGACUGACUAUGAGUUUAAUCGCGACCUCUUCAAUGUCAUCAACCGCUUAGAUGAUGGCCAUACCUUGUGGCUUCCGAGUUGCUACCGAAAUGCGUUCCAAAACAUCCUUCCGGCACCGGUUGUAGCCCUUGAGAAGAAUGGAGCACAAGACAUUUACAUCGCGCCAGAUACUGUGGAAUUCAUCUCUUUGCUGGGGUCCAACUUCACAUCUUACUACGACCAAAAGGGGUUCAACUGGAAGAAAUACGCAGGUGCCAAGAUUUUGACCAUCGAAGGGCUUCCAGCAUGGGCAUAUGUGAACCUGAUAGCUACCACUCAAUCCGGAAAUUGGGUAGACCACAAUAUCCGGGUUAACUCGGUGCUUAGCUCCUACCGUGUGACGAGUAACGCGUGGGCCCAACGCCUCGGAGAUAUUGCAGGAUCGCUGUUCCCGGACAAGGACAGUCUCACUAUGACAGUGAUCCCCGUUGGCGGAACUAAGCCAGAAAUCUUCGACUACCGUUCAAAUUACCUGGGAGCCCCAUUCGUUGAUGGGCCAUCCUACUGGACCGCGAAUUGCGUUGCUAGAUCUACCACCAAUGGCGUUGAUGAGCGCGGGAACCAGAGCGUCGCCAAGAAGAUUAGUCGCCCUAAGCUGCGCCCGAUGGGCACGAGUGUGGAUGGCGGUGCUCCAGAGGGCAUUGCCCUUCCCGACCCUUAUCUACCUACCAUUCCUAUUGUUGCCGGUGGAAGUGGUCAAUUGAAGGCGUACAUUUUGGCAGAUAACAAAACUGGGGUGCUGAUGGUUGGGUCAUUUGGCGGAGAUUAUACGAAAUUCCAAACCGACACUGUCGCCGCUCUGGCAAAAUUCAAGAGCGCAGGUGUUCAGCAAUUGAUUGUCGAUACCACAGGCAAUGGUGGUGGAUACGUGUGUCUAGGCGAAUUCCUUAUCAAUGCUUUGGCCGGGACAAGCUUUGGAUAUUCUGGCUGGGAAUCAAGCGCCCGUGCCAAUCCUCUAGCACGCAAGAUCGUUGCCGCCGAUAUCGCCCAAGGCAUUGACUACAUGUUCUACUCGUCGAACAAUUGGGCAUUCUUGAAUAACACACCUCAACCUGCCAACUACAACUACAUGGAGCCUCCGACUACUUUCGUUAUCAACGGUCAAAAGGACUCGAACUCGAAAAGAUUUUAUGAUAUCUGCACGCCAUAUGACGUUCAGCUUCCUGCCGAACCGGCUUUCCCUCCGUCAAAGAUCUUGAUCGUGGGUAAUGGAAUGUGCGGCUCUACGUGUGCACUGUUCACCGGAAUAGCGUAUGAGAAACUGGGAAUCAAGGUUAUUACUUUUGGUGGUAACCCCGGUCAACCUAUGAAUUUCAAUGGUCUUGCGGGGAACCAAGUCCUCGAAUGGGCUAACCUCGAUUCAGAGAUCAAGACGGCUGGAUUGAAGAAUGACCCAUUGGCUCCCCCCGAUUUGUUGGUAAAUGGAAACAUCCGUAUCAACUGGCGCUAUGCGUGGUCCUGGAAAUCGAAGAAUACGCCUCUGGCCUUCUUUGUUGAACGCGCAAAUAUCCGACUGCCUUAUACCCACGAGACGUAUAUGAAUCCGCAGAACUUGUGGAACUUUGUGGCAAAGACUUAUUUUAAGUAA